ACACAGUAGGUACGUACGUAUUUACAGUGAGUAAUCGUGUGUUACGUCCACCACCUUCCACUGACUGGCCGUCCAGUGGCAAAUCAACUCGUGACUUUGGUGCGAACGGUUCUUCAACACCAUCCGUCGUCGCAGCAGCAGCAGCUAGCGAGAGCUUGAUUUUCACCUUCCUCUUUUUUUUGCGCUCCUUCGAUUCCGAUUCCGGUCCGCGGCAGCACCAGCGAUGGCAAGCAACACCCAGGGAAUCCAGCAGCUGCUGGCCGCUGAGAAGAAGGCCGCCGAAAAGGUCGGAGAGGCCCGCAAGCGCAAGGCCCGCCGUCUAAAGCAGGCCAAAGAUGAGGCCACCGAAGAAAUCGAGAAGUACCGCGGGGAGCGCGAGAAGCAAUUCAAGGAUUUCGAAGCUAAG